CAAAUCUACGUCUUUGUUUCUCAGCGGUCAUUUUCUUGUAUUAAAAGCACAACUGCAAUGGCGCCAGUCGAUCGCCGCGAGCAUCGACAGCAACGCAUACGCGGUGCAGGCGCCACCGCUGUGCAAACGAACUUUGGAUUCAGUUUCGGGGCGCUCGCAGCCCCUGCCAAACAAACUUCCCUCCCGCCUCAGCCCUCACCUCGUCGAACACCCAUUCGAAAUACUCCGCGAAAUGCAAAUGGUUCCGCUCAACGGCACAGGAGUGCAUCGUUGCUGGGUAGCAGUGCGAAGAAGCAACAGACUCCCUCAAUACCACCGAAUGUGACACCGCAAUUGGGAAAGCGGAAGCGAGGAUCAAGAGAUGCAGUUGAUAUCACACGAACAGAGGCGGAUAUAGAUGAGUUAAGCCCAGCUCGCGUUGAAAACGUGCACUCAAGCGAAAAGAGCAGGAGAGUUGUGAGGAGUGUAUCAGUGAUCCGGGAAGACGACGCCGAAGCAGAUGAACUAUCAUACAUCGAAAACGUUGAACCAGCUAUCGUACCGCCUGGAGUCAAUGAAGUAAACAAAACCCCAACGGCACUGCUUCCAUCGAUCACACAAACACCCAGCCUUUCGGCGAGAAAUCGACCGGUCGAUUCUGUUCGUGUCGCGAGUCUAUCAAGUAAAGCGGCUUCUACGCGCAAGGAGCCUCCAGAAUCGAUCACUAGCACCCGGAGGAAAAACACGCCGAGCGAGCCGCCACCUGCGACGCCCGCAGGAGCAACAGACAGGAACGUGGCGGAGAAUUCAGCGCUUGCUACACCAAUUGUUGUACCCAGCGUAGAUGAAAGUGAGGACGAGCUGACGCCCGUGCAAUUGAAACCCGUGUCUAUUCAGCGCCUAGUAGGAGAUUCUCCGCAGACACCGGCGGGUGGUGUCGCUAGCUCCUCUCCUGUGCCAGCAAGAACCCAGACACAAAGGAGGUCGCGAUUAUCUCAAACCGUUUCAAUUACACCUCAGCGGUCUAACCAGACCAUUGAAAGAGAUCCAAUUCUGGAGCCAACUAAUAAUUCAGCAUCUCGUCUCCCAUUGACCGAAGAGGAAGGGGACGACAGUGAUGUUGUUCAGUCUACGCCUGCGACAAACAAUCGUCGGCGCAUUGGGAUUCCAAGUCCGGGACAGGAACAGACGACCGGAGUGGACCUCGCUGACGAACUCUCGCCGGACAAGACUCAUCCCUCUCGAACUUCCAGAACGCCUACAGAACUAUCGUUUGCAGGUUCAAGCGCUGGUUCUGAUGACGAGCCCGUUGAUGUGCCACCGGUGACUCGACCGCAAAACAAGUCUCGCCAGCCUAAGCCUGUUGAACAAGGCAAACGCUCUGCGGACAGUGAACCACCAAAGAAGCGACAGAAGUCUGGGCCAACGCAAAAAAUUACUGUCAUGCGAUUGAAAGGCUUUGGUGUGAAGGGUCUCACUGUGGUUGAUACCACCAGAACAGUUGUCGAAGACUUGAUCAAUAGCCGCGUUGCGAAAAUUUCCAGCAAGAUCGAGCGCAUCAAAGACGCAGCAAGACAGAAGGAAGUAAGAAGUCAACGCAACCAUGUUCUUGCUUUUAGGGAGAAACUCGAUGACUACUUUCUCGAUCUUCAGGACGCAAACAACUCUGCCAUCCACAAUGCAAACAAACUGAAAGGUUUCAGGCGAGACAAGAAGCAAUUGCAAAGCGAAUUCAUGUCGAUACAGAAGGAGAGGAGUCAGUUAGCCCUCAAAAGCGACGACAUCACCGCGGAAUUUCAACUUGAGAAGAUGGAAUUCGAUAAUCGCACUGAUCUUAGCUCAUGGAUGUACGAUAUUCAAGCUGCAGUUCAAAGCGGGAAAGACAGGGCGCGAGAUCAAGGGAGAGAAGGGGACGGCCCUGAAAUCCCAUUGAAAAUGCUACUGGAAACAGUGGCUCAUGAUGUGGGUUCAGGCAGCGGGUUGCUGUCUUCUAUACAAAAUUUCAAUGGAGUUCUGGAACGGUCUGCAGGAUAUUUGGAAAGUCGAGCAUGAUACCCCGGCACAUGAUAACGCCGUUUGUUUUAUAUUAUUUAGUCAUUAGUUCUAGUGGCAAUAGGGUUCCUACAGAGG